CUCGGUGCCCGCUGUCAUGCCAGAUGACUCGUUGCCCGCUGUCGUGCCAGAUGACUCGGUGCCCAUGGUCUUGCCAGAUGAUUCGGUGCCCGCUGUCUUGCCGGAUGAUUCCGUGCCCGCUGUCGUGCCAGAUGACUCGGUACCCGCUGUCGUGCCAGAUGACUCGGUGCCCGCUGUCGAGAUUGGUGACCCAGUGCCCGCUGUUGUGCCUGAUGGUCCGGUGCCUGCUGCUCUGCCUGAUGGCUCGGUGCCCGCUGUCGUGCCAGAUGGCUCGGUGCCCGCUGUCGUGCCAGAUGACUCAGUGGGUGCCUUGCCUGCUGCUCCGCCUGAUGGCCCGGUGCCCGCUGCUCCGCCUGCUGGCCAGGUGCCCGCUGCCUUGCCUGCUGCCCAGCCUGCCGUGCCUCUGCCUGCUGCCCAGCCUGCCGUGCCUCUGCCUGCUGCCCAGCCUGCCGUGCCUCUGCCUGCUGCCCAG